ACUCAACAUGGCGGCCUACGUGAGACGGAUGCACCACGUUUCUCUGCACGUCUCCAAUGUGGACAAACUGGCCAAAGAUUUUACUUCGAAAUUCAAAUUCAAUCUGAUCGCCAGCAGGCUGACUGAACGGACCCGGCAGCUGGCCUUCCGUACCGGGGCGGCGGUGUUUGUCGUCAACGAAAGGACGAACCAAAGUGGCGAACCGGAGCCGCAGCACCUGCCGCUGGACGGGCACCAAAUAGGGGGUUGUCUCUAUGACAUUCCCUCCCACUACCCGGUGGACACCGUGUGUAAUGUGUGCUUCGAGGUGGACGACGUUAACGGCUCGUUCGAGGCUUUGCGGCGGCUGGGUUGCAGCUUCCCGGUGCCGCCCACCACCGUACGGGACCACGAGGGCCAGGUGACCUACGCGGUGCUGCGCUCCACGGUGGGCAACGUAUGCCACACGUUGAUCGACAAAAGCGAGUACCGGGGCAGCUUCUUACCCGGUUUCCAGGUGCCGGACGGCGGACCCGAGCAGCCCCAGCACUGCCAGGAGGCUGUCACUCAUAUGGACCACAUCACCUACGCGUGUCCUACCGGCACCAGCCAGCAGAUCCUCAGAUGGUACCAGCAGCUUUUUGGCUUUCAGAGGUUCUUCAUCCACAGAAACGACAUGGCAGACAGCGGCUUGGUCAUCGACCAGAACGGCAUCGGCCUCCGCUUAGCCGCCAUGGAGUACUGGAAGUGCGGCGAGUCGGGCUUGUCCCUUCCUGGCACGCAUCAAAAAGAGGCAGACUGCAAGUUCGUGCUGGCCGAAUCGCUGCCUGAGCAAGGUAGUAACCAGGUGAACACUUUCUUAAAGGAACACAGAGCGGCAGGGAUCCAGCACAUCGGGUUGUACACGGGUGACAUCGUGGCGGCAGUGCGUGGCAUGGCUGACGCCGGCGUACACUUCUUCUCGCCACCAGCUGCCUAUUAUUCUGAAGUGGAAAAACUGCAGGAAAUUGAGGAUGCGGGUCAGGAUGCCCAGCAGCUGGCACGCCUCGGGAUUCUUCUGGACUCGAACCAGCAGCAACAGAACUCUUCAGCCGGCGAGACACACAGGUACCUGUUGCAGGUGUUCUCCAAGCCUAUCUUCGCCGAGGACACCUUCUUCCUGGAGCUGAUCCAGCGCAAGGGGGCAAGUGGCUUCGGAGAAGGCAACAUUCGAGCCCUUUGGAAGUCAGUGCAGGUGUACAUGGACGGUGAGAAGGCAGAAGAAGCACCUGAAGCUGCACUGCAACAGUCACGAUAAGCACGUAUAAGCACAAUGGAAGGUUUAUAUAUAUAUUUUAAAUAUAUUUUUAAAUAUUUAGCACAGGGCAUGUCAGAAGAAAGACUAUGUAGAAUGUACUAACUUAUUUUUUUAUUUAUAUUUUUGCAAUAUUGUCAAGCAGGGUACCUUUUCUCGAGUAGAAUGUGAUAAAUUAUUUCAUUCACCGCGAUCCAUUUGAACUGGAAGUGAGUAGGAGUUUAUGACCAUUUAUUCUGUAGGACCACGUAGCGCUAUGAAUUUAAAUGUGGUUGAAAUUGCUCUUCCUGCUACUGUCAAAACUGAAGAAUAACUAAAAUUUGCAAGUUAACUUAUUAUUGGUGCUUUUCUCAGCUAUUUGACAUAUGCAAACCAUGACUCCAAUGUUUGUGUAACAUUUACUUUGCAUGCAAUUUUGUAAGGAUGGGUAUUUCUAAACUACUGUACUGCCUCAUGUGUUAACUAUAAAACAUCGGAGACACUGAUUGAGACUGUAUAUCUUUUUUAUAAAUACCAGCCACAAUUAAUCAACAAUCGGAACGUUUCUCAUUUCAAGCAAAACAAAACAAAAACUAAAUAUAUUCCUGUAGUCCUCAAAGUUAGAUUUUUGCUAUUAAUCGGAUAGCAAUAGCUAUUAUAAAUAGCUAUU